CGUGAAACUCACGCACUAUUGAUCUCCAUCCACAACAUAUCCUUCCUCAACCGUUUUACACCGUUGGAAAUGGAUUCUUUACGUCUAAAAAACCAACUGGUUUUGAACUCUAUGAAAAUCUGAACAGGAGAGAGUUUCCAAGUCCAACCAACUUCAACUUUAAAUGCUUUUCUGCACAAACUCACACCAUCAACCAUGGACCUCCCCACUCCCCACCUUCUCGCUCCUCCCACACUGCAAAACCCAAACCGACGUCAACCAGAUCCACGCCCGCCUCCUCACCACCGGCCUCAUCAAAAACCCUUCCCUCACCACCAAACUCAUCCUCUCCUUCUCCUCCAAUACUGACAACAACGCCCUCGUCCAGUUCGCACGCUACCUUUUCUUUUCUCGCCAUUCAAAAAGGAACAAAAACAAUACCCACUUCGACCCUUUCCUCUGGAACGCCGUGAUCAAGUCUUUCUCCCAUGGGGACGACCCGAGGGGGGCGGUAGUCGUGCUCUCGUCGAUGCUCGAGAACUGGGUUUGUUUGGAUGAGUUUUCCUUGUCUUUGGUUCUGAAAGGUUGCUCCCGAGUGGGGUUGGUUAAGGAAGGAAUGCAGGUUCACGGGUUAAUGAGGAAGUUGGGAUUUGGGUUGGAUGUGUUUCUGCAAAACUGUUUGCUUUGUCUGUACUUGAGAUGCGGGUGCAUUGGGUACGCGCGCCAAGUGUUUGAUAGAAUGACUGACCCGGACUCUGUUUCGUUUAACUCGAUGAUUGACGGGUAUGUGAAGCGUGGGAUGAUUGGUUUAGCGCGCGAGUUGUUUGAUGGAAUGAUGGUGAAGAUGAAGAAUGUGGUUUCUUGGAAUUGUAUGAUUAGUGGGUAUGCACAAUCGGAAGAUGGGUUGAGGGUUGCGUUGGAGUUGUUUGAGGAAAUGCCCGAAAGAGACUUGGUUUCUUGGAAUUUGAUGAUCGAUGGCUGUGUGAAAUGUGGGAAGAUGGAAAUUGCUCAUGCUUUGUUUAAUGAGAUGCUGGAAAGAGAUGUAGUUAGUUGGGCCAAUAUGGUUCAUGGGUAUGUAAAGUUAGGUAGAGUGGACAUAGCUAGGGAAUUGUUUGAUGAAAUGCCUGAAAGGGAUGUAGUAUCUUGCAAUGCUAUGAUAGCCGGGUAUGUUCAGAAUGGGUAUUGCAAAGAAGCAUUAAAACUUUUUCGUGAUCUGCAAAUUGGGGGUAAUUUGUCUCCGGAUGUAACGACAUUGUCAGUUGCUCUUUCUGCAAUAGGCCAGCUGGGACAUAUUGACGAAGGGGUAGCGAUACAUCACCAUAUAAAGGAAAAUGGGUUUGAUUUGGGUGGGAAACUAGGUGUUGCCCUCAUAGACAUGUAUUCCAAGUGCGGCAAUAUAGACGUUGCCAUUUCUAUAUUUGAGGGAGUAGAAGAAAAAAACGUCGAUCAUUGGAAUGCUAUGAUUGGUGGGUUGGCGAUUCACGGCUUUGGUGAAUUGGCUUUUGAAUUAUUCAUGGAGAUGAAAAGGGUUUCCGUAGAACCAGACGAUAUCACAUUCAUAGGGGUCUUGAAUGGUUGUGGCCAUGCUGGUUUGGUGAAAGAAGGCAUGAUGUGUUUUGAGCUAAUGAGAAGACGUUACAAGGUGGAACCUAAACUCCAACACUACGGGUGCAUGGUUGACAUCCUUGGACGUGUGGGACAAUUAGAAUCAGCAAUGAAAUUCAUUGAGGGUAUGCCAAUUCAACCAAACGAUGUGGUUUGGAGGACUUUACUAAGUGCUUGUAAGAAUUAUGAAAAUUUCAAAAUUGGGGAGCCGGCAGCUAGGCGACUCAUUGGGAUGGAUUCUUGUAAUUCAAGUGCCUAUGUGCUUCUUUCUAAUUUGUAUGCUGGUUAUGGUAUGUGGGAUAAUGUUAGGAAUGUUAGGAAAGUGAUGAAAGAAAAGGAACUAAAGAAAGUUCCAGGGUGCAGUUGGAUUGAACUUGAAGGAGCUGUUCAUAAGUUCUUUUCUGGGGAUAAAUCUUGUCCUCAAGUUGAGGAGAUGUAUUCCAUUUUAGAGAGGGAGAUUCUGCUUUGGAUUCAGAGGUAACCUAUUUUGGGUUCUGACCUCUGAGAUUGAGUUGGGAAUGUAUGGGUUUGAAAGUAGAUUUGCACAUAAUUGGUUUAAAGUUUACCAUGCUUGAAGGCUGAAGCAACCCCAGCUUACUGGGGAGCUGUGAACCAAAUGCAAGUUUCUAGGAUUUCUUCCUUUGUGUUCUUUUUCUUUUUCUUAUCUUUGUUGUAAAUUAUGUAUGAUCCUAGAAAUUUUUUUUUGCUGCAACCAACCCCUCUGUAGCUUUAUAAAUACAAUGGGCUGGUUGGUGGGAAGGCAUUAUUACUUUCUUGCUUACUACUUGUAUACCAUGUGGAUACUACCCAUCUUGUACAUUUAGAUUGGAAGAAAUUUCAGUGGGCAAGUAAAUUGGGAUUCAUUGAACA